AAUGAUAGUAAAAAAACUGGGGAAUGUAGAUAGUUCGUUUCCAGACCCCUUUAGAUUAAUUAAAAUUAGACGCGUAUACCAUGUCAGAAAAAUCCUUUAUGUUAUUUUACUUAUUUUACAAUGGCCAAUCAUGUUCCGAGGUUUCGGACUGUUAUUCUAAAAUUUACAUAUAUUCAGUUCUUCCCUGUAAGUUUUACAGGAAGUUCAACCGAAAAUAGACGGCUUCCGGUAAAAAAAAAUGAUUGGAUAAAACUAAAUUAAAUAACAAUUUAUUACGUCAGCUUUAUGUUCCAGUUUUAUUUUAAGAACUUGUUUAUCCUGAGGAGUACAGAUAAUAAUUAUCAGUCUUGCUCUUGAUAUUAUUGCUAAAUAUUCAUCCAAAAAUGAAGGUUAUAUAUUGAGAAAGCAUUAAAUGAAAGUUUACAUAGGACCUCAACUAAAACUCAAAAUACAUUUCUUUUGUUGAUUUUUUAUUUCUGAGUAAAUUGAUUAUUGACUCUAUUUUUGUAUAUUAUUAUUUGUGAAGUUGAAUGUUUUAAGUGUACACUGCUUGCUGCAAAAUUAUGAGGUACUUUUAAUGUUGACAGAACAAAGCAAAUGAAUUGCCUGAGUUUUGAAUGAGUUUUUACAGGCUUAAGUGCCUAAAAUGUUUUUGUUUGUUAUUAUUAUAUUUUUGUAUUUCAUAUUUAUAUUUUGUAAAUUGGAAAUGAAUUGAAUACUUAUUUGCUAAAUGUUCUUACAAAUAUAUUUCGCUCAUUUUUUUCAUCUCUUAAAUAGGAGCUCGUGUCCAAACUUUAAACCGUACACAUGAAAGUCAACAAUACUUUACAUGGAUUGAUGCAGCGAAUGUUUGUUUUACAAAUAGAAUGUUUCCAACUCAUUAUACUCAUUAUUCAAAUGCAAAGGAUGUACAUCAACACGGCGGAUCUCAACUGUGGACUGGGAUGUUUAAAACAAACAUAGUUUACAAAUAUGAUUCAUACAUUCCUGCUGAACGACGUGAGGAUAAAAAAUUUUAUGGUUACUUAACUAAAACUGUUGAAGACGGAGUGAAAUUGCAAUUUACAGAAGUAAGCUCAAGACAUAGAAGACUCUGCGAUGAUGGAAAAGAAGUUAAAAAUGAAAAAUCAACUCGUUCAACUGCCUAUCUUACUACCAUUGAUGGAAACGGAAAAGAAGUUAAAAAUGAAAAUUCAAGUCUUUCAACUGCCUCUCCUCCUACCAUGGAUGGAAACGCCGAGAAUUCAUCUGCAAAGUACGUUAUAAUCGGAGUUUGUGUGUCUGUAUUACUGCUUUCUUUGAUCAUAGUAUCGCUGGCUUGUUUCUAUAGACACAGAAUGACUACAAAUGUAUCGAGUCAAGCGCAUUACAUAUCACCCACAUUUUCCACAAGAAUUUAUGAGAAUAAUGUAACAGUUACGGACAAUGAUCGUAGAGGCGUACAAAAUGAAAACAGUGAUUUAACAAGUCAGCAUUAUUACGCCACUCCAACAGAAAUUCAUUAUGAACAGAAUCAGGAAUUGCAAAGCUUCAGGAAUGCAACAAGAGAAGUUAACCACAAGGAGGAUCAUGACACUGAAGAACUAACAAAUACAGGGGCAUACGAGUCGUUGCAAGAACGCAAAUAAAGAGAUGCACAACUAUGAAAUGCCUACUAAUGUAGCGUACCAGACAGGGGCAUACGAGUCGUUGCAAGAAGACAAUACAGAGAUGCACAACUAUGAAACGCCUACUAAUGCUGCGUACCAGACUGUCGAUGAGAGCAUGAUAGAUGAUCAUGAGUAUAGCAUGCUUCAAAAUUAGAUUUAUGAUAAUUUUGUGUUGAUCAUGAUGAUGUGAAAAUGAUGACGAUAUUAUAAUUAUGAUUAUGAUGUGGUGAUGAUGAUAUAUUUAUGCUACUAUUGUGUUGAUGAUGAUGAUGAUAAUGAUGAUGUUGAUGAAAAUAUUAUCUUGGUGAUAAUAAUGCGAUAUUGAUAAUUGAUAUUGGUAAUUUGAUGAUAGAUAUGAUGAAAAAGAUGUAUAGAAUGUCAUUUGGAUGCAUGUAUGUUAUGUAUGUUAUGGCCGUUAAAAGGUAUAAAGCUAAAAAAAUCAUAGAAAAUAUUUUUAUAAAAAAUUGUUAUCAUUAUAAUUAUAUUGUAAACAUACUCUCGAUUCUUUAAAGAGUUGUAGAAUGUCACUGUUAUUUAUAACACGUGAACAUGGUACGUAAACAGAAUGACAUUUUCUCAAACAAAAUAUUACGAUGCUAAUUGUAAACAGGAUUUAAACCAUUUUCUUAGCAAUGAUUGUGUGCAUGUGCUAUUCGCACUUAAGGUUAAAUACUUUUAAGCAUGUAUUUCUUUCCUACAGGCAAUUAAGUGAAAUUUAUCCUUAAAAUUCAAGCAAUAUUUUUGCAGCAGAUAUAUAGGUUCAUACACAUUAAUAACAGACACAUUUACUUUAUUAUUAUUUUCAUCACCAUGCAAAUUAUGUGCACGUAUAAACAUCACUGUUUAAAUGUAGAUAUUGUUUUUCCAAUCAUUAGAUUAGGAAUCAUAUUUUUUUUUCUACGUUUCACCAUACCACAAUUUUUAUCACUGUCUUCCUAUUGUACUUUCUUUGUGUAUUUAUUAAGAAAAUGAAGAACAUUUUUUCAUAGCCGUUGCUUUUACUUUUUUUAUUUCUGUUAUAAUACUAGAUGCAUUUUUCUGUUGUCAGAACAUAUAUUUUUCCUUUAAUCUAAGUCCAGCUUCAACAUGUUUAUACUUAAUUUUUGAUGCUAUUUUUGAUACUCUAUGAAAAUUUACACAACUCUUUUUUUUAACGUAACAUGUGCGUUAUUAUUAUCAUUUGUAUUUGUUGAAAUUGUUUAUAAAAAAAACUAUUUAUGGACUCCACUGGAGACUGGAAAUAUUUUUCUGAUGUUUUGUUACCAAAUGAUUUAAAUCUGGACCAAUAAUUUGUGUACAAAUUCUCAGUACAGUUCCUCGCAAGGGUUUUCAGAAAUAAUAAUUUGUAUUGUGCGAAUUGACCAAAAAAUGAAAAGCGUUGCAACGCUUUUCUCUCCAAUUCGAAUAAAAUUGCAUAUAAAUAUAUUCUCUUUUUAAUAUUGAGUAUACUUCAUUAUUAAAUUUUAUAGCUAUUUCCAUUUUAUGUAAUUCAAUGGAUAUUUGUGAAAUGUUUAAAUUUCAUGUGUUAGGCCUUUGAACCUUAGUGGGGUUAUAUUUUUCUGGUCCUUCGGGAUCAUUGAUGCCAGCACUAUUAAGUGAUGAGAAUUGAGUACGCUUAAGC